AUGAAGAAGGUCUUCAAUGCCAUUCGCAUCGUCAAGACGAAGUACCCGAACAAGUUUCGAGUCUACACCACCAAGCUCGAGCGCGAUAUCUACACCCACAGCAAGUUCGUCAUCAUCGACGACGUGUACCUGUCCGUGGGCUCGGCCAACUCGAACCGACGCAGCAUGACGUCCGACUCGGAGCUCAACGCCAACGUCGUGGAUGACGAGACCUUCGUCGAGAUGACGGGACUGAGCUACGACAAGCUGGAUGCCAUGACGUUUCUCGACGCCGCGCACCAGUACGACGUCGCCGCCGCGGACACUUCGUCCCUCAUCCAGACCCUAGAGGCCGAGUACCAUCUCUACUACACCAUUUCCGAGUCGUUCUGCACAAAUGCUCGAUUCAAAACGAUCACGCCGUGCAAGUCCACAAACCACGGCGAGUGCAAGACGAGCGCCGUCGUCGAGGGCAAGUACAAGUGCAGUGGCGUCGUGAUCGAGGCCAACAGGAAACACGCGAGCGUCGAGGGCAACACAACCAAUCAAACCAAGGGCAAGUGGCUGACGAUCGCGCAGAAAUGGCAAGUUAUCGAGGAGCAUGGGCGCACGCAGCCGCCGCCAUCGCUCGCCGAUCUGGCUCGCUGGUCCCAGGCCAAGUUCAAGCUGUCCCAGCCGCCGUCUCGAGCCACCAUCGCAAACAUUCUGCGCGGUGCCUCUGCUGUCAAGUCGAAGCUGGACUCCGCAUUCGGCUGA